AUGCAGGCGUUGGCCUCCCAGGAUAAGAACUGGAGGAAGCCAGUCCAUAAUGAAGGUGACCACAAUCCUGACUAUGAAAACAUAACCUUGGGCUUCAGGAACAAGGACCAGCUCAAACACAGCCAACCAGCACCCACAAAACAAGCUGCGUUCAAGGCAUCCCAGGACACAGCCCAUGUCCCCGCCUGGCUGCACAGAACCAUUAUGGUCUUGUAUGUUCUCCUUGCUCUCAUCUUUUCAUCCUGCAUCGUCCUCUCCGCUUUAGUCCUGGUGAAAAAUUCCGAAAUGUCCAGGGAGCUAUGGAGCUUGAACGAGGCGCUUUCGAACGUUUCAAGCACGGCGCUGAAAUGCCAGGAUCAGCAAAUGCGUUAUUGGAAGGAUCUUCAGAAGGUUAUGCAGGAGGUCAAGAGCAGCACUGGUAUGGUCUUGAGCAAUGUCCUGAACGGAAACAACAGACUGAAGACGGUGCCCGAAGAUAUAACCCAGAUCAAGAAAACCCUUGAGGCACUAGAGAAGAGGACACAAGCUCGUAAGCCAGGGGCAGUGUGGUGGUCUGGGGUGGAGUCCCAGAUCUGGUGCCGGUCUGCUUGACUUCAAAUCUCUCUCCUCUCUGA